AUGAGCGUGGUCCAGAUGUGGUAUCAGACCGCAGCGGACCUCCUCGCCGGGGAGAGCUCGGGGCCCGCGUCCGCGUCCAGGACUCGUCGUCGUCGCCAUGGCCGCGCUGCUCACGCUGGGGCUCUCGCUGGCCUGCGUCGCGCUGCUGGCGCCCUGGGCGCUGCGCCUCGCGUCGCACCUGUGGCGGGUGGCGCGGCAGGUGGUCCUGACCCUGGGCAUCCCCGGCCCGGCCUCCGUGCCGCUGCUGGGCACGCUGCCCACCUUCCUGCGCUUCUGGGAGGACAUGGAGGGCACGCUGCUCGACCUCAUGCACGAGUACGGCCCCACCGUGCGCUUCCGCCUGGCGGACCGGGUCGCCGUGCUCGUCAUGCACCCUGAGGACGUGCAGGCAGUGUGCACGCACCCGGCCCUCGUCCACAAGGCGGACAACCUCAUCCGCUUCCUGCGGCCCUUUGUGGGCGACGGGCUGCUGCUGCUCAACGGCAAGGAGCACCGCCAGCACCGCAAGGCCAUCUCGCCCUCGCUGCACUUCGACAUCCUUCGGGACUUCGUGGCCGUGUUCGACAAGAACUCCAGGACGCUGGCGCAACGCCUGGAGGCGCACGCCGACGCCGGCCACGUCUUUGACGUGCACCUGGAGUUCGGCAGGCUGACGAGCACCACUCUGCAGGAGACGGUGCUGUCCGUGGGCGUCGACCAGGGCUACGACAAGGCCGGCAGGGUCUUCCACGAGGUCGGCGACAUAGCCAUGUGGCGAGGGAUGCGACCCUGGUGGCAGAAUGACGCUGUGUUCCGGCUGCUCUGCCCUCGCCACGAGCAGCACAAGCGCGCCAAGGACGACAUGGACGCCAUCGUGUCCCGCGUGUUGGCCGUCAAGGGCGCCGAGCUGGCCGCCGGGGCGCCCGCGCCGCCGCGCCGCCGCAUGGCGUUCCUGGACCACGUGCUCCGGUCGCCGGACGCCAAGGCCAUGUCCGAGCCCGAGCUGCGCGCCGAGCUCAAGACGCUGCUGUUCGCGGGCUCGGCCACCUCCAUGGACUUCCUGUCGUACCUGAGCGUCGUGCUCACCAUCCUGCCGGACGUGCAGGCCCGGCUGCAGCAGGAGGUGGACGCCGUGUUCGGGCCGCCGGGCGCGGCGGGCGCGUCCCGCCCGCUGCUGCCCGAGGACCUGCCCCACCUGGACUACACCGAGCGCGUCGUCAAGGAGGCGCUGCGGCUCGCGCCGCCCGUCCCCAUGCUGUUCCGGCAGGCCAGCCACGACGUGACGCUGCCCAGGGGGGCCUUCAUCCCCAGCGGCACCGUCGUCAUCCUGGUGGCCGCGGGCACGCACCGCAUGGCAAG